AUGGGGGCGCCCGGGCGUCCAGCCCAGUGGGUCUCCCGGGUCCCGGCACGCGCCUGUCACUGCCCGGAGCAGCCGCCGGCCGGCCCUGACCUCUCCCCGAGGUUGUGCAAACCCGCGUCCCGCCAGCCCCGGAGCCUGGGCGGCGGAGAGCCCCGCGAAGGCCGCGGCGCCCGGGCCGCGGCCGCGGGGGGAGACUCGGCGCGGACCGCAGGCCGCCUCGGUGCGGUCCCGGCCCUCGGGGAGGGCGGCGCGCCCUGCGGCCCUCAGCCCGACCCCCAGCCCCGCCCGCGUUCGCCCCGGGAGCCGGUCAGGACCCACCUGCCUACCGCCGGCGAGGGCUCGACACGCCCGGCGCCGCCGCUUUCCAACUCCCGGCUCCAAGUUGAGCGCCCCGGCGCCGAGCGGCUCCGGGCUGGAGAAGUUGCCGCAAACUUCCCGCGCCCCCCUCGCCGCCCCCGGCGGGCGCGCGGGCCGGGACGGAUGCUGAGCCUGAUGCACGCGGCCGGCCGACGGGACCUUCCCGCUCCCCGCCGGGCGCCGCGCGGCCAAGCCGGCUCCGGGGCGCACACAGCGGGUCCCCGCGAGCUCCCGGCGCGCUUCCCGAGUCCCCUUUUCUCUUGCCAAAGAGGGUCCCACGGCGGGCCCGGAGGCGUUCGUUCAGCCGUAGUCUGUCGGGGCAGACCAGAGGAAAUAGACAUCCUGAAGUUCCAGGUUGGCAGGCCGACAGUGUUGCUCUGGGAGAAUGAAGAUCACCCUGGAGAGUCUCAUGCUGGUAUUUAAAUGCUGCGGCCACAAGGCACACCUCUUUUGGGCUCACGACUCACUGUCCAGGACUAGCGACGUGGCUGCAUGGAAUCAUCUCAAGACCAGAUAGGGCAGUCUGUCUCGUGCUCCACAGUGGAGAGCUGUGGUGCACAGCUCUAAGAACUGCUUUACUCAUGGUGGCUCGUGUCCACAUGCCCACUCCAGAUAAAUGGUUUCUUCCUGCCACUCGGGGGCCCAGAUGUUCCGCUCCUCAGGGCAGACGCUCCCAGAGAGACCACUAGCUAAUAAGAGACACGCUCUGGGUCCUUUCACCUUCAGCUCUCUGAAUGCAGCAUGAUGAUUCGCCCCUCCACACCGAGACGUGGUGCCCUAUCGAUUUUAAGUCUCUUUUACUUAAAAUGCACUCACUUCUGUUGUUUAUAUUUCAUUUUCUCAAGGCUUGUUUUCCCUGAAAGGCUGCGAUGAACAGGAACUUUUAAGAGCUGCUAUCUGGAGAUGUCAUGAUCAUUAUCAAACUUUGAAAUUUGGUUUCAAGUCAUUACUUCCCUUAUUUUAAAUGUCAUAGUCUUGUGACACAGAUAAAGCGUUCUCCUGGAAGUAUCCAUUCAUGCAUCCAUUCAUCCAGCUUUUUGUGCAUUCAGUGAACAUCGUGUGCCUACCAGGUGCCGGGCGCCGUAUGAAGAGUCGGGGAUAUGGAGGUG